AUGUUCUGUCGUAAACUCUUCGGCCUGCUGGCGCUGGGCUCCCUGGGAGCUCACGCCUCAGUGACGGUACGGAAGACGCACCAAGGACCCACAGGGUACGAGGUGGACUUCAAGUACACGAACAAGACGGCGAGCCGCGUGCUCAUCGGCGGUGGUAUCUACCCGUUCUCCGAUCACCUACAUACCACGCUAGACACCCGCGCUUGGUACGAUCCGCAUGACUACCAAGCCGGCGACAUUUACGUCAGCUUCGGAACUCCGGAUGAAAACUAUGAGUGGCCGUAUGAGAUGAAGAGCGACGGCGAAGGCCUGUGGACCUACACGACCCCUCUGCCCUCGGGGAUCUACAGCUACGCGUACCUGAUCGACUGCAACUACGCACCAAACUGCAGCAUCGACACGGGCCAGCUGGUCAUCGACCCGGACCUGCCGCCUUUCCAGAACGUGCAAGGAGACCAGGUGUCGUCCAGUUUCCAGGUACCGUACGACGACCGGUUCCAGGGCACUGAUGACAUCAGCGCCAACUUCGACUACGCCCUACCGGCGCCGGCCGAGUUCCGCGGAACUAUCAAGUCGGUCAACUACACGUCUCCGGGCUCGAUCCACCCGGCGCCCGACGUGCACCACUUCGCGCUGUACCUGCCGGCCGACUACGGCAAGGUGCCAGGGAAGACGUGGCCGCUGCUGUACCUCUCGCACGGAGCGUACGGCAACGGCAACGACUGGGAGAACCAGGGGCGGAUGUCGCACAUCAUGGACAACCUGAUCGCGGCGGGCCACAUCGAGCCGACGGUGGUGGUGAUGCCGUCGUUCUACAAUCUGGACGACAGCCUGCCGCGGUACAUCAUGGGGAACAAGUCGGACAACGCGACGAUCCCGCCGUCGCCGUUCGUGCGCGAGAACUACCAGAAGUACCUCUUCCCCUGGGUGGCGGCAAACAUUCCCGACGUCUGCGACGACCCCAGCUGCCGCGCCUUCGCCGGCCUCUCCAUGGGCGGCCGCCUCACGUACGAGAUGUACAUCAACGCCACCGACUACUUCACCUACUUCGGCAUGUUCUCGCCCGCCACCUCGGACCCGUACAUCGACGCCGCUGCGGUCGCGGCCAAUCCCGCGUUGGCGGAGAAGGGUGUCUUCGUUGCGUACGGGCUAUACGACUUCGUCUUCGACUCGGGCCGCGACCUGCAGGCCGCCUUGGCCUCCGUUGACAUCCCGUUCCUCAACCGCAUCUCGCCCUGGGGGGGCCACUACUGGAAUACCUGGCAGGAUGAGCUGUGGUGGUUUGGGGUGAAUGCCUUGUGGAAGCCAUUACCGUACACAACGAAGACGGGGCGGCAGAAGCAAUAGCUAUCUGGUAUACAUACCUACAUAAUCUUGAUUCUAGAUAAACCAAUUCUGUAUGUACAUAUUUACGUACAAUGUAAUACACAUAAUACAAUCGUAUCGAAUUGAAAGCGCCCUUUGCGGCUAGAU